UAAUCUGCCGCCAGAACCCCCGGCAGGCAUUCCGACGAGACCUUCCCCGCCACUGCGAAAUGCUCCCCCGCGCCCCCGCCCUCCUGCUGCUGCUGGCGGCCCUUGUCGGGUGCUCCGCCGCCGCCAGACUGGCCGUGAAUGGCAUGGACCUGACCUACAACGGGGAGAAGGUGUUCCUCAUCGGGUCGAGCCUCGCCUAUAAUAACUACGGCAACGACUUUGGCAACGGCGCCGACUCGACCACGCUGGAGACUUGGGUGCAGGAGAUCAGCGAGGCCGGCGGCAACUCUGUCCGCGUCUUUACCCACGCAGAUGGCUACAGCACGCCCGCCUUUGACGACUUAGGCUACGUGACCGCCUGCGACCUCACGGGCGAUUUUGAGAGUGACAUUCUUCACUUCCUGGACGUAGCUCAAGAAAACAACCUUCUGGUAACGCUGGUCAUGUGGAACGGCUGGUCCACCAAUCAGAUUGGCAUGGGGCUGAUCCUGGAAGACGACAAGCUGGAUUCCUACAUCGAAAACUGCCUCAAUAGCCUGAUUACCACGAUCAAGGGUCACCCCGCACUGGCAGCCUUCGAGUCUGUCACCGAGCCCGAGGCAUCCUUCUUGAUUGAAGCCAGCGUUGAGCCUUGCUAUGACACGACGAUGCUCGGCAAUAACGGAGGAGGCUGGAUGGGCAACAAUAUCCCCAUUGAAAGAUAUCUUAACUUCAUCGCCCGUCAAAACGCGGCUGUUCGCGCUAUUGACCCAGAAACUCUGAUCACUGUGGGCGCCUGGAACCAGUUUUCUGCGAGCGACGCAUUCUCCAACACACGCAACUACUAUAAAGAUGAGUGCCUCGUCUUGGCGUCCGGAAGCGAAGGGUCUGUGCUCGACUUUUAUCAGCUGCAUACCUUAAGUUUGGAAGGUCAUUGGACUGAAAACGCGCCCUUCACCGUUGACGCCGAGGACUACCUUCUGGACAAGCCCCUCGUGCUCGGUUCAUUUUCGUCUGUCUGCUCCGAGAACAACACCCUGGGUGAGCUCUUCACCUACGCCUACGAGCACGGCUACAGCGGAGGCUGGAGUUGGCAGUACUCGGCGGAUGAUGAUUGCUCCGACACGCCCGAGACUCAGCAACAAUACCUGUCCGUUCUGGAAGGCCGCACAGACCACGGCACGGUUGACAUCGUGGUGGGUUAGUGGUCUCAAGGCCCACUGUACACCGCCACGCCGUGAGCCCGGCACCCAGAAGCCAGCAACGUCACCCUGUCACAUUUUUUAACAGUUAUGUAGCUAGGUUGGCUUUUUAAUUCAAGUUUUGCAGUCUUUUGUAAGAUAAAGCUCCGGCCAUCACAGCCUGCAUGAUAAAGUCACCAAAUGGGGGGAUCCCGCGUGGUCCCGUGGUAGAGUCUCGGCCUUGAGCUUCGGCGGGUUGCUAGGGCGUGGGUUCGAGACCUAUCCCGUGCCAUGGGGAUGGAAAGGUGGGCUCUUUCCGACACCCUCAGCCCCGUUGUUGAGCCUCCUCCUUGAAAAGAAUUGGGUAUAUCUCUACCAGCCGUCUGGGGGAUUGCGCGGCAUGCACCGCCUUCCUCCAUUGGGGUCUAUCCCCAACGAAAUACCAAAAAAAAAAAAGUCACAAAAUUAUAAAGCAAAAUACAUUUUCACGAUUU